UCCUCCCACUUGUAAAAACAACUCCCACACUGGUUUAAAAAAAAAAAAAAGAAAGUUGCUACAGGACGGGGGAGGACUGGCAUCCCCUCCCAGCCUCCACCUUAAUAAUCUUCCCCAUAAUAAUGACUUUUCAUUUCCGAGCUCCUUCGGCCAUGAGCAAACUGGCACCUCCGCCCGGCAAGCAGCCACCGCCGCCCUCAUCUUCAUCGUCGCCGCCGGCCGCCUCGCUCCAGCAGCGCGGGCCGCGGAUGCCCAAGUGCUCCCGCUGCCGCAACCAUGGCUACGUGUCGUACCUGAAGGGCCACAAGCGCUUCUGCAAGUGGAAGGACUGCCAGUGUGAAAAGUGUAAGCUCAUAGCCGAGAGGCAGAGGGUCAUGGCGGCUCAGGUUGCCUUGAGGAGGCAGCAAGCCCAGGAAGAGGAGCUGGGCCUCUGCAGCCCGGUAAACCUGCCCUCCCCGGUGUCCAUGUUGAAGACUGAAGACAAUGUCCACUGCCUGUUCACAGGCGAAGGACACCCCCUGGCCCCUGUCGGAGCUUCUUCUUCUUCUCUGAUGUCUACCACAGGUGCCGGGAGUCGCUCCAGCCCAGUGGGCAGUUGUAGCCCUCUGAGUGACGUUCAGUCAGAGCUGCAGAUGGAAACCUCCUACCACAACCUCUACCAGCCCCCUUGCUACUCGGCCUACUACAAUAAUCUGUACAACCACCAGCAAUACCAGGUGCCCCACGCCGACAGCGGCCGCCUGUCGGGCCACGGAACGUCUCCGCAGUACCGCAUGCACACUUACUACCCGGCGACGGGCGGUUACCUCCCCACCCAGGGCCUCGGCUCCUCCUUCUUCACCCUGGAGGACGCCAGCUGCUCCGAGGCAAUGGCUGCCUCCAUGUCUGCCACCAGCAUCGGCACCGUCCAGGACUCGCUGGCCUUCAACUCGGUUGCGGACAUCAAGUCGGAGCUGGAUGCCGAAGAUGACGAAUCCGACGGCCUUGUCAUCGAUGAAGACGCGGAUGCAAUCCUCAACGAACAUCCGUCACGGACAUCAAAUGCUUGGUCAAGUGCAGAUUAUCGUCUCUGUGAGCCAAGGGUAAAGCAUCGCGCGUCGGCAAUGAACGGCUACGGUUCUCCGUACUUGUACGUGCACGGCGCUCCGGUGUCUCAACCGCCGCGGGCGCCCCUCCAGCGGACCCCCAAAUGCGCCAGAUGCCGCAACCACGGCGUGCUGUCGUGGCUCAAGGGCCACAAGCGGUACUGCCGCUUCAAGGACUGCGCCUGCGACAAGUGCAUCCUCAUCAUCGAGAGGCAGCGGGUGAUGGCUGCGCAGGUGGCGCUGCGCCGGCAGCAGGCCAACGAGAGCCUGGACAGCCUCGUCCCGGAGGCCCUCAGGGGGGCGCCGGCCGGGGAGCCCGAGCCGUGCGGGUGGCCCGCCGCGGGGGAAGCGCCAGACGGUCCAGAGGACAGAAGCAGGGAGGCGUCCGGCGCCGAGAGCCCUGGUGAGCGGGACCACGAUCAGGUGAGCUCCCCGGAAGGUUCCAAACCAAACUCCUGCUACACCCCUGACCCCCCGGACGGCCACUUGGAAGAGAAGGAGGCUAAAGCAGAGAGUCCCCAGAAGAGCCCCGCCAGCCCGGAGGGGCAGGGGGUGCUCAUUGAAGGUCUGACCGGCUCCGUCAACCUGCCCCUCAGCCUCAGAGCCAACCGCCCCCCCCUGGAGGUUCUCAAGAAGAUCUUCCCAGGGCACAAGGCAGCCGUUCUGGAGCUCAUCCUCCGGGGCUGCGGAGGGGACCUAGUUGGCGCCAUCGAGGUGCUGCUGUCCAGCCGGGGCCCCGAAGGGGGCGCGCGCCCGCACCCAGACCCUCACCCCGACCCCAUGGUUCUGCCGCCCAGCGGGCAGCCUUACGAGCACGGCCUCGGCUCUUACCACCCGGUGACUUCCUCCGCCAAGUGGUCCGUGGGCUCUGCCUUUAGGGUGCCAGACUCACUGCGCUUCACUUCCGAGUCACCCUCGGUGGGCGCCCUGGGGGUCCCCCUGCAGCACCCGCGCUAUCCGCUAGUGCUUCGCAACUCCCUGACCCGGGGCCCGGGCGGCGCGCUCGUACACAGCGAUGUGACCCUGUGGAACACCAUGGCCCUGCAGCAGCAGUACCAACUACGCUCCGCCGCCGCCGCCGCCCAAUACGUGUCACCCUUCGGUCCGGCCUCAGCUCCUGGGGGAUCUGCCUUCCGGGGGGCUUCGCUGCUACACCAGCACCACCUCAGAGUCACCGAGGAGCCCCGCAUUGGCAUCCAGGAGGGGGAGGGCUGCGGGCCUGGGGCCAAGGGGGGCCUGUACUCGCCCGACGAGGACUACGAGGAGCGUUCGGACUCGUCCGACUCGCGGAUCUUGAACUCGUCCGGUUAGGAUGCUUUUGCUUUGUCUGGACCGGACCCAGACAAACAUUGGAGUGAGCGCCACUCAUGAAUGUACGAACG